UGAAAAGUUUAAACUCCAGCUGGAGACUCCGACGUAUCUGGAUACUGACGAUUGUUGGUUUCUGUCCUCUGCGGAGACCAGCUCGCUGGGGAGAAACGACAGGGCCGAAGAAGGAUCAGACAAAGACUUGUUAUCGAGGGAAUCCUCGUCGGGAAGGGAGUGUGUCCUGCAGACGUGCAGCAGCUGUUAGUGAUUACGGGGGGGUUCCUUGUCAAUGGAUUCUGGACAAGCAGGAACAAGAGAAACUAUGGCUCAGUCAAGAUGGAGAGCUGUUGAUGAUGGACUGGUGGAGAGUGUCAUCGGUUUACCAAUGAUGAUGGCUCCUCUGAAGAGUGAGGAUGAUGAUAAAGAACUUCAGCCUUGGUCAUAUUCAGCCCAUCUUCAUCAAACCCAAACUGAAGGCAACACAGAGGUAGAAGCUCCAACCAGCAACCCAGCUAAAUGGAUUAAAUCAGAAACUGAUGGAGAGGACUGUGGAGGACCAGAACUAACCAGUAACCCAGACCCAAACAGUUAUUUGCAACCAAAUAGUCACAGGAAGGCUUCAGACUCCUCUGAGAUGAAACAUUUAUCACAUUUUGGACCUAAAAUGGAAGAUGAUGAUAAAGACUGGAAUGACAACAGGGGACAUGGGUCGGGUGUAGACAGUGAUGUGGAGUGUAACGCUGCCAAAAAAUCCCUCAGCUGCUCUGAAUGUGGUAAAGAGUUUCGCUACCAGAAAUCUUUCCAGAAACACUUAAUACACCAUUCAGGAAAAAGAUUUUUGAGCUGUUUGAAUAGCAAGAAACAUUUUAAAGUGACAGAAAAUGUAAAUAUCCAGAAAGGAGUCGACACUGAGAAAAAAACAGUAAGAUGUGAUGUUUGUUGUAAAAUCUUUAGUCAUAAAACUAAUCUUAGGAAACACAUGAGAAUCCACACAGGAGACAGACCAUUCCGAUGUGAUGAAUGUGGAAAAGGAUUUUGUCAAAAGACAAGCUUAGACCAACACAUGAGAAUCCACACAGGAGACAAACCAUUCAGCUGUGAUGAAUGUGGACAAAGAUUUAGUCACAAGUCAACCUUAAACCAGCACAUGAGAAUCCACACAGGACAGAGACCGUUUCCCUGUGAGGUUUGUGGUGAAUUAUUUAGGUGGCGUCUCUCUUUAAAAGCACACAUCCGUGCCCACGUAAAGGAGGCACAGUUGCAGGAUUUUGUUGCAAAUCUGUAGACGUGUUGUUUACAGUGUAGAAAUGUACUGAUUAGAAGAACUUCAGAGGGGUUUUCCAUGAUAGCUUCUGACUGAGUUGAAUCCAGCUGCAGACAAUGCUGAUUGAUUCCUGCACUUCCUGACACUUGACAUAUGUUCCUUUUCCUAGUGUCUUUUGUCCAGAGGUAUCAGUCUACUAAGGGUGUAAAUUGGGGGGUGAAUUGUGUAUGUAAACAUGUGCUUGCAUGUGUGCAUGCGUAUGUGUGUGCUACAUGCAUACAAUACAUGCAUCUUUGAGUGUGAUCAAGAAUUAUUGCUUUUAAUGUUUAAAGACCUAUUUCAGUUUCUGUCAUUUCUUUGUAUGUGUGUUUAAAACAUUGAGUUCUGUCAAUUUCUUGAGUUCACAUGGUAAAGCAUUUUAUACCUAUUACUGAAAAAGAUCAUUGACUAAAUGUUGUUUGAUGUCUUGCUAUACAACAGUUUUCACUUACUACAUCUGUAAUCCUAACUCUGACUUUAUUUAUUAUACUAUUUCUGUGGCAAACUUAUUUAUAUUUAAAGAUUUAAAGAUCUGUUUUCUGAACUAAAACUAAAUCUAUCAAAACUAAGAAGUCAAUUGUUUUCUCUGGAUAAUAAAAUGAUGUCAUCUUACUGAUUUUUGAUCCAGUAUUUUUAAUGGUUGGUUUAACAGUGACCUUAGGGGUGUGAUUGUGGUUUGUUUGGCCCCAAACAAUUAUACAAUAAGAUAAAUGAGAAAAUAUU